AUGAGCCGGCUAAGCUCUUCUCACCAGGAGAAAGAGAAAAUGCCAACCGAGAGUACUCCUCUCAUUCAAACCGUUCAGGUCGGACCUCCCCGGAGGAGGUACCCCCAUCAAACCUGGCGUUGGUUCUUCACUCUGAUUUGCUCUAUUGUUGUCGUUGGCGGUUUUGGCUUGUUCCUUAUCCAAACCCUCUUGAUUGGACCCAAGCAUCAUCAUGGGCACCCUGGUUCUUGGCUACCUGGUAAAAGCCGUUUGAGUUAUGACGAUUUGGAACAUAUUCUUUUUGAUACCCCGGAUCCCAAGAAGGCCGAGGAAUGGAGCCGUUACUACACCUCUGGUCCUCAUCUGGCUGGAAAGAACCUUUCACAGGCUGAGUGGACAAGAGAUCGCUGGGAGGAAUUUGGUGUCAAGUCCAGCAUCGUAUCCUAUGAUGCCUAUCUCAACUACCCCGUCGAUGCCAGUGUUUCCAUCUUAGAAAAGACAAAGACAAAGCAUGGAAAAGAGUGGAACACUACCUUCAAGGCCUCUCUCGAGGAGGACAUAAUUGACGAGGACCCAACGACCUCUCUCGACAACCGCGUUCCUAUCUUCCAUGGCUACUCAGCUAGCGGAAACGUUACUGCUUCCUUCGUCUACGUCAAUUAUGGAACCUACCAAGAUUACCAGGAUCUCGUCGAUGCCAAGGUUGACGUCAAGGGCAAGAUCGCCAUUGCUAGAUAUGGCGGAAUCUUCAGAGGUCUCAAAAUCAAGCGUGCACAAGAGCUUGGUUUCACUGGUGUUCUUAUUUACAGCGAUCCUGGCGAUGAUGGUGAGAGAACUGAAGAGCACGGAUAUAAGCCUUACCCUGAGGGUCCUGCACGGAACCCGAGUGCCGUUCAGCGUGGAAGCGCUGAGUUCCUGAGCAUCCGCCCCGGUGAUCCAACUACACCUGGAUACCCUUCAAAGCCUGGUGCUCCUCGUGCCCCAGUCGAUGAUGCCACUGCAUCUAUCCCUUCAAUCCCCAUCUCCUACAGAGAUGCCCUUCCUAUCCUCAAGGCUCUGAACGGCCAUGGUCCCAAGUCAACAGAUUUCAACAAAUACUGGAACAGGAACCUCGGCUUGAAGUACAAGGGCGUAGAGUACAACAUUGGUCCUACCCCAGACGAUGUAGUUAUCAACCUCUACAACCAACAAGAAUACGUCACCACUCCCCUGUGGGAUGUCAUCGGAAUCGUCAACGGCACCAUCGCCAACGAAGUUAUCGUUGUCGGAAACCACAGAGAUGCUUGGAUUGCAGGUGGAGCCGGUGAUCCCAACAGUGGCUCUGCAGUUCUUAACGAGGUUAUCCGUGGAGUCGGAAAGGCUAUCGAGGCAGGCUGGAAGCCCCUUCGAACUAUCGUCUUUGCCAGCUGGGACGGUGAGGAAUACUCUCUAAUUGGUAGCACCGAAUGGGUCGAGGAAUACCUUCCUUGGCUUUCAGAAGCCAACGUCGCCUAUGUUAAUGUCGAUGUUGGUGUCGAUGGUCCUUAUUUCACUGCAUCUGCAGCUCCUCUGCUUAACCAGAUCAUCCGCGAUGUCACAAGUGCUGUUCCCUCUCCCAACCAAACUGUUCCUGGUCAAACUGUCAACGAUGUUUGGUCCAAGAGAAUCACCACCAUGGGUAGUGGCAGCGAUUUCACAGCUUUCCAGGACUACGCGGGUAUUCCUUGCAUCGACUUUGGUUUCAAGUACAGCGAUACCAGUGCCGUUUAUCACUACCACAGCAACUACGAUAGCUUCUACUGGAUGAAGGAGUACGGUGAUGUUGGAUUCAAGUACCACCGGACUAUGGCUCAGAUCCUUGGUCUGACCAUCGCUAAGCUCACUGGCUCCGUCAUCAUUCCUUUCAGCGCUACCGAGUACGCCGACGCUUUGAACGGCUACCUUGACCAGGUCGAAGCCAAGUUCGAACCUGCUGCAGCAGAGAUGACCGAUGAUGAGAUGUUCAGCAUGCGUGGCUCUGUUUUGUCUGACAAACCCGUCGGCAGCGAGCACGAGUUUAAGCUGAGUUUGAAGCAAAUCCGUCGACAUCUCCGUGACUUCCGCAUCAAAGCCAGCGAGCUUGACGAAGAUGCUGAGAUCGCCAAGCGCCAACUUGAAGAGGGCAUUCCAUGGUGGAAUAUCGUUAAGAAAAUUCGCCUUGGUCAUGCUGUUGUAAAGAUCAACAACAAAUACAAGUUCCUUGAGCGAAACUUCCUUUAUGAGGGUGGUUUGGAUGGUCGAGACUGGUUCAAGCAUGUUGUUUUUGCGCCUGGUAUCUGGACUGGGUACUCUGGAGCUGUUUUCCCUGGUUGGGACGAGAGCAUUGACGCAAAGGAUUAUACCAAUGGUCUUAAGUGGUCUGCUAUUAUUGUGCGAUGCAUUAACCAGGCUAUCGACAGUCUCAACUAA